AUGCUCACUUACGCUCGUCUGCUCACCUCAGUGUGUGCGCUUGUCAGCACAGCUGCAGCUCUGACCCCACUUGAGGUCAGCGGCAAGGACUUCGUGAACUCGGAGACUAAGGAUCGUUUCCAGAUCAUCGGUGUGGACUACCAGCCCGGUGGAUCGUCUGGCUUCACAUCCAAGAAGGAUCCUCUGAGUGAUGCCGAUGUCUGUCUCCGUGAUGCUGCCCUCAUGCAGCGCCUGGGUAUCAACACUAUCCGUGUUUACAACUUGGAGCCUUCGCUCAACCACGACAAGUGUGCUUCCAUCUUCAACGCUGCCGGUAUCUACAUGAUCCUCGAUGUCAGCAACCCUCUGGAGGGUGGCUAUCUCGACCGCAGCGCCCCUUGGACCACCUACAGUGCCAUCUACUACAAGCAGGUCUUUGGUGUCAUUGAGGGCUUCAAGAACUACGACAACCUGCUCGGUUUCUUUGCUGGAAACGAGGUUAUCAACGAGGAAGCUACUUACUCCGCCCCCAAGUACAUUCGUGCCGUUGUCCGUGAUAUGAAGGACUACAUCGCCAAGAACUCCAAGCGUGCCAUUCCUGUCGGUUACUCCGCUGCUGACAUCCGUAACAUUCUCAUGGACACCAUCCACUACUUUGAGUGUGACCUCAAGAACUCCACCUCUUCCCGUGCUGACUUCUUCGGUCUCAACUCUUACUCCUGGUGCGGCGACUCCUCUUACAAGUCCAGCGGAUAUGAUGUCUUGACUGAAGACUUCACCAAUGCCACCAUCCCCGUCUUCUUCUCCGAGUACGGCUGCAACGAGGUCCAGCCCCGUACCUUCACCGAGGUGCAGGCCAUCUACGGCGUUGAGAUGACCCAGGCCUUCUCCGGUGGUCUCGUCUACGAGUGGACCCAGGAGGACAACGACUACGGUCUCGUCAAGGUCAACGACUCUAACACCGUCACCACCCUCGUCGACUUCGACAACUUCCAGGACCAGGUCAACAAGCUCGACUUUGACCGCAUCACCUCCAGCAACUCCACCCAGGCUAACGUCAAGGCCGAGACCUGUGAUACCUCUCUCAUCACCCGCAAGUCCUUCUACAACGCCUGGGAUCUGCCCGAGGUUCCCUCCAAGGUCUCCGACUACAUCAAGAACGGUCUGCCUAACGCCCCCACUGGAAAGCUGGUCUCCGUCUCUAGCACCACCAUCCCCCAGAAGGUCUACGACCACUCCGGUAAGGAGAUUACCGGUGUUAAGUUCGAGGUGAAGUCCUCCGUCAACACCCCCUCCGGCUCUUCUUCUUCCACCUCUUCCGGCUCCGGUGGCUCCGGUACCUCUUCCGAUUCUUCCUCCAGCUCCGACGCCAGCUCCUCCGGUAUUUCCACCAACGCCGCUGCCCCCAACGGCGUCCCUUCCAUCGCCCUCGGUGGUCUUGGCGGUUUCUUCAUGCUUCUUGCAUCCCUUGUGUAA